AUGACUCCCAAUAUAUUUCUCGCAUCCUUGCUCACCAUUGGAUAUUUCCAUGGAACACGUAGCGCAACCUAUUCAAACGUGAUCGUGCGCAGCGGCCCAGAAGUCCUGCCAAUAGAAUAUGUGAAUUAUGGUGGACCUGUCUAUUCCGGCCAGAUAGCCCAGAUAUCCGCGGCGCCCUUGGAGACGGUGGUCUCAUUACCGAAUGUUGGUCCAUGCAUAUCGCCUUGCGUUAUUGCCAACUCGCCAAUCUCCGGUCUGGCGCCAAUACGAGCCGCGGCGAAUUCUCAAAUUGUAGCUUACAAGUCGCCGGUCGCUAAUGUGCCUAUUGUAUUGGCAAAUACCGAUGAUGCUGUUGGAUAUCAAUAUGCAUAUUCGGUUUAUGAUGAAGGAACGGGUGAUAACAAGGCACAAAGUGAACAAAGCGAUGGUUCGGUAGUUCAAGGACAGUACUCUUUCAUUCAGCCGGAUGGAUUAAGGCGAGAAGUGAUUUACACGGCGGAUGAUUUGAAAGGAUUCAAAGCAAUUGUCAAAACUGUAGCACCCGAACCGGAACUAAAAAAAGAACAACUAGUAGAAGCACCAAAAAGUGAAGAGAAGCCGACAGAGGCAUCUGAAGAAAGCACUGAAGUGGUAGAAAGUUUAGAACCGGUAAAUACGGAAGCGACCGAAGCUGUUGAGGUGAAAACUGAAGAAAUUCAAGCUAAAAGUGAAGAAAAAUCAGACGAGACGUCAGUUGAAGUAAUCCCAGUGGUGCCAAUUGAAACUGUUAAAGAAGAUGUAGAAACAAAUGCUAUAGUCUCAUACAGCGAUAUAAUUGACUGUAUACAAUCUAAAAGAAUAGCAGCGGCUAAAAGUAUAUCUCCUUUAACAUAUAUACUUAUUCCUGCAAUAGAAAAUGUUAAAAGACCAUGCUAA